UCAGCCCCUGCAGCUGCCAUGACUCAGCCACCCCAGGAGGGCUUCGACAGGAGCGUGGAGGAUGCCCGGGCGUGGAUGAAGGCCGUGCAGGAGCGACUGCAGGUCAACGACAACACCCAGGGGCCCCGGGCAGCCCUGGAGGCCAGGCUGCGGGAGACCGAGAAACUAUGCCAGCUAGAGCCGGAGGGACGCGUGAAGGUGGACCUGGUGCUGCGGGUGGCCGAAACCCUCCUGGCGUGUUGCCGUGAGGACCAGAAGCCCGAGAUCCUGGCCCAGCUGAAGGACAUCAAAGCCCAAUGGGAGGAGACGGUCACCUACAUGACUCACUGUCACAGCCGCAUCGAGUGGGUGUGGCUACACUGGAGCGAGUACCUGCUGGCUCGAGAUGAGUUCUACCGCUGGUUCCAGAAGAUGAUGAUGGUGCUGGAGGCCCCCGUGGAGCUGCAGGUGGGCCUGAAGGAGAAGCAGUGGCAGCUGAGCCACGCCCAGGUGCUGCUGCACAACGUGGGCAACCAGGCCGUGCUCCUGGACCGGCUGCUGGAGGAGGCGGCCUCCCUGUUCAACAGGAUCGGGGACCCCAGUGUGGACGAAGAUGCCCAGAAGAGGAUGAAGGCCGAAUACGGUGCGGUGAAGGCCAAAGCCCAGGACAGAGUGAGUCUGCUGGAGCAGAUGACCCGGGAGCAUGAGCAUUUCCAGGCAGAUGUGGACGAGUUCCAGCUGUGGCUGAAGGCGGUGGUGGAAAAGGUGAGCAGCUGCGUGGGACGGAGCUGCAGACUGUCCACCCAGCACCGUCUGUCCAUGCUGCAGGACAUCGCUGAUGACUUUCCCCAGGGUGAGAAGUCCUUGAGGAGGCUGGAGGAACAGGCUGUGGGCAUCAUCCAGAACACCUCUCCUCUGGGUGCAGAGAGGAUCACCGAGGGACUGGAGGACAUGCGCAGAGUUCUGGAGAAGCUGUGCGUCCUCUGGAAGGAGGAGGAGGAGCGGCUGCAGGGCCUGCUCAGGUCCAUGGGGGCCUGUGAGCAGCAGUGGCAGCAGCUGGAGGCUGAGCUGGGAGAGUUCAGGAAGGACCUCCAGAGGCUGGCCAAGGAGGCCCUGGAGCCCGCAGCAAAGGCGGGGACCGAGGACGAGCUGGUGGCCCGCUGGAGACUCUACUCGGCGACGCGGACAGCGCUGGUGGCCGAAGAGCCCCGGGUGGCCCGGCUGCAGGCCCAGCUGAAGGAGCUCAUCGCCCUCUCCCGUAACCCGCAGCCUCUCUCCGACAGCGUGGUCGCUGCCCUCCAGGAGUUCCAGAGCAUGAAGGGGAAGAGCACCAAGCUUCGCAAUGCCACAGGGCUGGAGCUGUGGCAGCGUUUCCAGCGGCCUCUGCAGGAUCUGCAGCUGUGGAGGGCCCUGGCCCAGAGGCUCCUGGAUGUUACCGCCAGCCUGCCAGACCUGCCCUCCAUUCACACCUUCCUGCCCCAGAUCGAGGCGGCCCUGGCCGAAAGCUCCCGCUUGAAGGAGCAGCUGACGGUGCUGCAGCUGAAGAAAGACUUGCUGAGGAGCGUCUUUGGCCAGGACAGAGCGGCGGCCCUCUUGGAGCAGGUGGUGAGCUCCGUGCGGGACCGGGACCUGCUGCACAACAGCCUUCUGCAGAGGAAAAGCAAGCUGCAGAGCUUGCUGGCCCAACACAAAGAUUUUGGGGCUGCUUUUAAGCCCCUCCAGAAGAAGCUCUCAGACCUCCAUGGCAGGGUCCAAGCUGAGAAUGGGCUUCAGCAGGACCUUCCUGGGAAACAGGCCCAGCUUUCAAGGUUGCAGGGGCUGCAGGAAGAGGCGCUGGACCUGGGGGCACAGAUGGAGGCCAUGAGGCCUCUCGUCCAGGGGAACCCCGGCCACCAGCACAAAAUGGACCAGAUUUCCACCGACUACCAGGCCCUGCAGAGGUCUCUGGAGGAUCUCACGGACAGGAGCCAGCAGAGUGUGCGGGAACACUGCACCUUCCACCACGAGCUGCUGGAGCUGCGACAGUGGAUUGCCAUGGUCACUCAGAAGCUGGAAUCACACCAGGAGGAUGCGGGCCCAUGGGACGCCCAGUCCCAAGAGGUCAAAGUCGAGAGGCUGCUGGCUGAAUUCCCGGAGAAGGAGGCCCAGCUGCCCCUGGUCGAAGCGCACGGCCAGCUGGUGAUGAAGAAGUCUUCUCCGGAAGGGGCUGCCGUGGUCCAGGAGGAGCUAGAGGAACUGAUGGAGUCGUGGCAGGCCCUGAGGCAGCUGGAGGAAAGCCUGCUGAUCCUCAUCAGAAACCGGCAGCUGCAAAAGACGGAAGUGGACUCAGGGAAGAAAAUGAUUUUCACCAACAACAUCCCGAAGGCCGGGUUUCUCAUCGAUCCCAUGGAUCCUGUUUGCAGGCGUCCCCGUCAGGCAAACCCGCUCCAGGAAGACGGCAGCCAUGAAGGUUUCUCCCAGCUCCUGAGGGACUUUGAGCAGUGGUUAGAGGUGGAAAAUGCCAAGCUGGUUAGAAUCAUCGCGAUGAGAACUGCCACCGCCAAGGAUUUGAAGACCAGGGAAACGAAGCUACAGGAGCUGGAGGCUCGGGUGCCAGAAGGUCAGCAUCUCUUCGAGAACCUCCUCCAUCUCGGGCCAGCAAGGGGGACCUCCAACGAGCUGGAGGACUUGCGUUACCAGUGGAUGCUGUACAAGUCCAAGCUCAAGGACUCUGGCUACCUGCUGACACAGAGUUCUCCAGGGGAGCCGACUGGAUUCCAGAAGAGUCUGCGGUGGCUGGCGCGGUGGCGAGGACUCCGCUCCCUCUUCCCGAAGGUGUGCCGCGUGGCGCUCCCCCUGCAGCUCCUGUUCUUACUCUUGCUGCUCUUCCUGCUCCCCGUCGGGGAGGACAGCCGCAGCUGCUCCAUGGUCAACAACUUCGCCCGCUCCUUCAGGCUCAUGCUCCGCUACAGCGGCCCGCCGCCCACCUGACCCCAGGCGGCC